CUCUAUCUUUCUUCUUAUUAGUGGCAAAACCAUUCCUACUCAACCCCUUCCCCUUUUUUCCACAGCAUUUACCUUUCUGGAGAGGGGAAUCACUUUGAAAUUUAAUUUCCCUUGGGAUGAGGUGAGGAAGAUAAGCAGGAAGAAGCAGGAUUUUUCUCUCCCUCUUCCCCAGGUGACGGGAUUAAGGGCUCAUCAGGGUCUGAAGAGCAAAUAAACAAUUUGAUUUCUACUACACUAGUUGCUGGUUUGUAUGCCGAGAUUAUAAUACGGGAACAGGCCGGGCAGAGACACUGAGGCAUGUCCAGACGCGGCCACACUUUCAAUGGUGGAUGGAACUGAUCAAACUCCCGUGUGUGGACGCUGCAGGAAACAGAGUGUGGCGAUGAGCUCCGAUGGAUCAGGCCCUGGAUCUAACACGCUCAGGAAACGAGCUUCCCGUCAAGUCCUAGUCCCAGCUACCUUCACCGUUUUGAUCAUCAUCGUUACUCUAGCAGCACUUUUAGCAGUGGAAAAAUCCAAACCACCUGUGGGUGCUGCUGGGCCCGGCUGCCCGGACGGCUGGAUCGGGUACCGAGGGAAAUGCUAUUAUUUCUCAGAGACUGAAGGGAACUGGAACCACAGCCAGAGCCAGUGCUCUGCACUCAGCGCCUCCCUGGCUGGGAUCGACAGUGAGCAGGAAAAGGAUUUCCUGCUGCGCUAUAAGAGCUUCCUCGACCGUUGGGUCGGCCUCCAGAGGGAGCCAGGCCAGGCCUGGAUGUGGCCCAACGGCACCGAAUUCGACAACCGGUUUCCGAUAAGAGGAGGCGGUGACUGUGCUUUUCUGAUGGAUGACGGCUGGUUCGGCAGCUCGCGGUGCAGCACAGGGAGACGCUGGAUCUGCAGUAAAUCCGAUGCCUGUACAAUGGGGAAGGGACGUGCUGUGGAGUCAAAACUUGGAGACUCUUAGGAACGAGGCCUGGAAAAGCUUUAUUGGGGACACACCUUCCACUACCUGUAGAUGAAGGAGGCCAGGUCUGUCUUCUUUACAGACUCUCCCCAGGGCUUCCCUUGGGGAAAUAGAUCUCCAGAGUUAGAUUCCUGAGGGCUAGAUGAUAUUUUCCCUUUGCUCAGUUUAAUGCCAUUAGUUUGAGUUCUCUGCUCCCACCUGGGUUCUGCUUAACCAGCCUCUUCCCUCCUUGGGGUUCUCCCCUCUCAGAUCGUAGCCCAGCACAGAGGUUCCCAAACGGGUACAGGAGCUCGUUGGAAGGGACACACAGUAACAAGCUGACCCCUUUAAAUGAAGCUGGUCCAGUGCCCCUGUGCUAGAACAGGUGAUCCACGUUUGGCCGGUUAAGGGGGCAGGGCAGCGCUUGGAGCUAUAGACUGGUCAGGGAAGAGGAAGUCCUUGAAGGAAGUUACAGGAUGUUGCUGGGGAAGGCUGAAGACAGGGAAGUGGCAGAUGGAUUUACCUGCUGAUGUCCCCAUGCUGGAGCCAGAGAGAGCUGAGGGCCAGGGGAACAAUGGUAGGGUAGAUCUGCUAGAGAUGAAAGGUAACAGAACAGGGCGAGUGCUGGAUAUUUCCCUGGUGACGAUGAACUCCCAGGGGAGAGGCUGUGGGGGUUACUGCUGGGAAGAGUGGGUUUGCGCUCCAGCUGGGGUAGCUGACAUGGCAGAAGGACAGGAGAGGACCAAAGAAGAGCCCAGGUGUGGUGGAAGGCACUGGUGUGUGCUCCACUGAUGGACCAGAUGUCAUGAGAUUUUAAGGACUAUAUGUGCUGGGGGUGAUAAAUGGACUAUGUUUUGGAACCUUGCCAUGGACUAUUUGCGCCAGGUUUUAGUAAUAAACUGAGCCCAGGAAUGAGUCUCAUCUGGGUGGAUAAGCUAUGACUUAAAAAAAAAAUCUGAAAAGAUCAAAUUUUGAUUAUUUAAAUUAAAACAGGUUUAUUUAUUUAUUUAUUUUUACAAAUAAACCUGUGUUGAAGCCUAAACAUGUCUCUUACAAUAACACUGGAGGGUGUUGCACAAAGCUCCACAGGACAGCGGGUGGCCAUUAUUAUUUCUUUCACUAUGGGCUGAAGACGUUUCACCAAACACUGACUCUUACAGUCACCCUCAGUGGCCACGCUGGCAUCGGCUCGCUCUGAGGCUUGGAGCAGCUGGGAUCCUCAUCUGACAGGUGCUGUGAUAGUGAUGGGCGUUUGGAGUAAGUAGUUCAAAAUUAAUUUGUGCAAAAUGCUACACUCUAAAAUCCCCCCUCCCCCCAUUUCCAUGGUGAUUCCAUUUCUGAUUCCAACGCUCUUGUUAAUAAUAUCCGGGGCACUUCAUGAUUACCACAAAGGGGAAAAUAUUACAGAACAGCGUGGUGCUAGAGCUUGAUACAGAGACCCCAGGUGAUCCAGCUCUCACAAUUUCACUGUUCAGUGUGGGGAAAAGCAGAAAGCACCUUAUGCUACGUAAUGAACGAGAUCCUCUCUCAGUUUUGUUCCAUCUCUCUGGCCCGGUUCUGAAUUUGAUAGCGACAGUAUGCAAUGGUUUCUUACACACACCCUCCUUCUCAGUUUGCUGAUCCCUAAGUAGUACUUGCAGUUCAUGCUCCUGCUGUUCUGAAGUUUUUCAGAUCAAAGGAUCUCUGAAUUCACUGGAGAACAAGGGUACCAGGGAAAGAAUCACCCAUCAAUGCAACAGCAGCACUGGCCUAAAAGAUUUCCAUUUUCACUUGAAACAAUUUGUGUGUGAAUCAGCUUACAGCACCUCAGCAGGUAACCUCAGCACCUUCUCUCUCUCAGCAGUUUGCUGCAGUGCAGUGACAUCUAGUGGUCACUUAGGGUAACUCAGUGCAGGACACAAACCACUUCAAUAAGGGCAAUAAAUAUCCGAUUCCUUUAAAAGCUAAAAAGGUACGGAAAAGGCACCUAACUCAAGCAGCAACAAUCUGCCCUCUAGAAUUUGCAAUAAUUAGCAUUUGUUUAAAAUUAACAUUCCAGAAUUGCAGUAUCUUUAUAGAAGACAUGUAAGAAAAUAUUUUACAUUAAAAAGUUCCUUAAAGAAAUCUAUCCCUGAAGUGCAGCCUGCGGAUGUGAGAAUCGUCAGUCAGUGACCAGGGGCAGCACAAGUUUUGGCAGGGAGGGGAAAGAGGAACCUCCUGGAAAAAAAUAAAAUAAAAGUGUUGCAAGCUGUCUCUAGGGCCACAUUUUAACAAAAAGAGGCUCCCAGGCACAAAUUCAGAGGCUGGGUUUGCAUGAAGACAUCCACUGUCUGCAUCUCACAGGGCAGCACAGCUGCAUUGCUGGCUGUAGCUAACGGAGGUGGACAGAGCUUGAAAGUGCCAACACCAUGUAAAACCCAACACCCAGGGCCAAAGCCAACCUAUGGCACCCAAGGGUUGCAGGGAGGCUGUCUGCAGAAAGGAACGUGUUGCGGUUUGUGGAUACAGCAAGGAGCCAUGUCCCAGUCUGAAGGGUGCAAACCCCAGAAGGGCAAGAAAUCAUUAAAGGCACCUGGGAGCAACUGGAGCCGAUAGGAUGAAUUGAGCAAGGGGGGAAAUUUCAUGCUGGUGCUGAAGAGAUGAUCCCCAGCAGAGGGUCUGAGAAUCUGGGAAAUUGCAACCCCCUGCAGUCUCUUUGGGGACCAGUGUGUCAAAUUUACGAAUGGCUUCUCGCUGCUUGUGUUCUACUCCAUGGGGGAGGGUGACCACAGCUGUAUUCACACUAUUGUAAUAUAAUAUUCACACCCCUACACACUAGUGUAAUAAUCUUUAUACAAAAUACACUUUUUAAAGGCAUCAUCUGAAAACUAAUAACUUGCUGGUCAAUAAUAUCAUGGGGAAAUGGAUGUAGCAACAUUAUAUGUAAAGUUAUGAAUUCCCCCUAAAUGAUAUUGGUAGCACACAUUCUGACACAUAUAGCCCUGCUUAGGAAGAACUGGUCAAGCAGAUCUUAAACAAAGGAAUGUGUGUUUCACUUAGUUUACAUAUACAUUGUAAACAGGGUCCUCAGACAGUGAGAGGGAAGACAGGAGACAAGGAAAAUCUGCAUUUCAGGAAACAGGAGAGAAGAAACAGCACAGAACUUUUCACCACCAGACAUCAUGUCGCCUUCUUUACUGUUUGAAUAAACUUUGCUUUGAGAGGGUGUCCUUCAGGAAACUGCAUCUCAAAGGGGGACUGGACUAUAAAAGUGAGGGGCAAAAACACCCCACAUUCCCUCUCCUUACCCAGCUCUCUUUUUUCACCUAAGAUAACAAAAGAAAAAGAUGUUGGACUUUGGGAGCAGAUCCUGGCUUGAGAGUUUGGUCAGCAACAUUACUGUGAACCUGUGGUGAGGGACAUCACCUCGAACCAAGUCUAGGUUGUUUAGUGUAGAAAAUGUUUUAUCUUUAGUGUUCUUGCAACCAUUCCUGACUUUAUGCCUCAUUACUUGUACUCUCUUAAAAUCUCUCUCUGUAGUUAAAUAAACUUGUUUUAGUCUUUAAUUACAACUAAUCCAGUGCUGUGAGUUGUUUGGGUAACUCCAUUUAAUGUAGCAGACUGUGUAUGUUGCUCCUCUGUGAGGGGCAAUGGAGAUAGUAGAUCUGGGCUGUCCAGGAGAGGGCU